GACUACUUCAGCUGGUUUCGCUAGUUGAGAAUAACUGUCGUAAAAUCUUCCACCCCCUUUUCUGGCAGGUUCUUAACCGGUGCAUUGUGGGAAGUGUGAAAAAGGAGGACAGACACACAGAGCAAAACUUCGCCCUUUUUUGUCACUUUUCGUGAGCAUCAGAGUGUCCAAGAUGGCUGACGGUGAAGUGAGGUCCAUACACAACUGCCCUUCCUGCAAGUGCAGUAAUGCAGACCAACAGUCACUCGAGUCCCACAAUACAACUCUUCCAUCCGGCUCUACCGACAAACCAUUUGUGUGUGGAAUAUGUUGGUAUAGAACUGAUGUUGUCGACAGCUUGGUCAAACAUGUGGCCAACCACACUGUUGAGAAAAAGCGUAGUGAAAGUGACCACAACUAUAUGUUGUGUGACAAAGAAACAACAUUGGGGUCUAGUCAGGACAAGAUGGCAGCCAACAGUGAGACCAGUCAGGACAAGAUGUCAGCCAACAGUGAGACCAGUCAGGACAAGAUGUCAGCCAACAGUGAGACCAGUCAGGACAAGAUGGCUGCCAACAGUGAGACCAGUCAGGACAAGAUGGCAGCCAACAGUGAGACCAGUCAGGACAAGAUGUCAGCCAACAGUGAGACCAGUCAGAACAAGAUGGCUGCCAACAGUGGCCCCAGUCAGGACAAGAUUGCAGCCAACAGUGGGUCCAGUCAGAACAAGAUGGCAGCCAACAGUGGGCCCAGUCAGAACAAGAUGGCAGCCAACAGUGGGCCUAGUCAGGACAAAAUGGCAGCCAACAGUGAGCCCAGUCAGGACAAGAUGGCAGCCAACGGUGAUCCCAGUAAAAACAAGGUGGCAGCCAACAGUGGGUCCAGUCAGGACAAGAUGGCUGCCAACAGUGAAAAUGUUGCGACUUCUGCUACUGAUAAAGCUUUCAGGUGUGGAGAAUGUGACUUCAGCACUUCCGUCGAGCAAGCAAUCCAGAAACACAUGAUAUGCCACACCCUACCCUUCAGGUGUGGAGAGUGCGGCCACAGGGCAGUCACCAAGUACCAGAUGGAGACACACAUGAGGACACACACUCAUGUCGCAGCCAACAGUGAGCCAAGUCAGAACAAAACGGACGCCAGCACCAAGCCCAAACAGUACAAGAUAGCAGCUACUUGCAUAGGGGGUGCCAGUGUGGUAAAACAAACUGUAGGUAAGUUGUCAUUGAAUACCGGUAAUCCCUCGAAGCCUCUCAAAGCUCAAAAGCUGAACAUUUGUGGGGUCUGUGGGUUCAGGACGCCACAUCAGUAUAUAAUGACCAGACACCUAAAGGAUCACACUGGACAGAGACCAUCUGCCUGUAAGCCCAGUCAGAACAAGAUGGCAGCCAACAGUGGGCCUAGUCAGGACAAAAUGGCAGCCAACAGUGAGCCCAGUCAGGUCAAGAUGGCAGCCAACAGUGAGCCCUGUCAGGACAAGAUGGCUGCCAACAGUAGGCCUAGUCAAGACAAGAUGGCUGCCAACGCUGGGCCCAGUCAGAACAAGAUGGCAGCCAACAGUGGGCUCAGUCAGGACAAGAUGGCAGCCAACAGUGAGAUCAGUCAGGACAAGAUGGCAGCCAACAGUGGGCUCAGUCAGGACAAGAUGGCUGCCAACAGUGAGACCAGUCAGCAUACAAUGACUGGGCACCCAAACACUGAAACUGGAACAAAACCAAGUGUCCGCAAGGGUUGCAAAUUCCGGAUUGUUCACAGAAGCAUCCUAAAGCGGCAACUAAGGACUCACACAGGCGAGAAACCAAUAAUAGCUGGGGAAGAGGAAACAACUAUGAAUUCGAAGAGGACCAAGCGAAUGAGGGUCCAAACAGAAGAUGCUAGUGAUGCAGUUGGGGGAGCUGCAAAGAAGUCUAGUAGGUUUCUCUGCAAGAAGUGUCACUUUUUUACAUCUGACAAGGCUACACUGAUCAGCCACCUUAAAACUCACAGACCCGAGGACCAAGUCGAAAUAUCAACACAUAACUUCAGCAUUGGCAAAGCUACAAACGUGAUGAUCAACCAACACAUGGCAAGUCACGACUCGAGUGGGAAGCCUUGGAUGUGUGGACAGUGUGAUUAUAAGACAGCUAGGAAGGACCAGUUGAGGAAACACAUGGCAACUCAUACCCCUGAGGUAGAUAAACGUCACAAGUGCCCAGAAUGUAACUAUAAGUCAGCCAGAAAGGACCACUUGAACGCCCACAUGAAAAGACACAGCUCUAAGGUAAGGAAACCUUAUAGUUAUAGCCCCAAGGUGAAGACUGUACCUGACGAGUCUUGCCAGCAAUGUGGCUUCAAGUUCAGACCAGGCGUGCGUCCGUCGACCCACACUGGGCCGUUCUUGUGUGCAGAAUGUGGUUUCAAGACGUCCUGUAGGUUUGCGAUGGAUACGCACGCCAAGACCCACACCAUCUGCAAAAGCUGCGGCUACAAGGCGACCGACAAAUCGGACAUGGCGGCACACAAGGAAACAAGCUGCAGUCUUAAACCACAUCCGUGUACUGAGUGCGACUUUAGGGCGGCUACGAAGUACGACCUGGAACGGCACUUAAAAACUCACAAUGUCCAAAAGAAAUCUUUCAUGUGCGAGGUGUGCGGCUUCAUGACUAUGUACAGGUGUUCGCUCACGAGCCACAUGCUCACUCACUCCGAGGACAAGCCGCUGAAAUGUGGGGAGUGCGACUAUAGGACUGCGAGGAAGGGUAGUUUGAGGGACCACAUGGAAAUUCACACGGGCAGAAAAAGGUUUCUGUGUGAGGAGUGCGGCUAUAAAACUUCUAGGAAGCGUGACUUUCAAAAACACAUGGAAACACACAUAUGGAAAUAAAAAUUCAGUGUAAAAAAGGUGGCUAGAAUGCACAUAGAAACUCACAUAUACAGAUAACAUUUCUGUUUGACGUUUGUUGCUUUAAAACUUCUAGAAAGCAGGACUUGAAAAAAAAAAUUAAAAAACACAUGGAAACUCACAUAAAAUUGCUAGAAAGGGUACCUUUAUAGACGGUAAAACAUUUAACUAUGAUCUGGGGAUUUUGAGGAAGAUUUGAAAAUUGUUCUUUGUUUUGUAUUGAAUACACAAUACAUUGUAUCAAGAAUGGAGGUAUUUCACAUUAGCUGAUUAAGAAGAAGUGAAAAUGUUUUGAACUGUAUAUUUACUCCUCACUGUUGUUGAACAGUUGUAAGUCUUUUGUCUGUUGUAUAUUUCCCAAGUGCAAACUCCUUAAUAAAACUGUUAUUG